CUUUCAGUUUCGUACGCAUAGAAGUAGCGGUGUGUUGUCGUGAUCGCGUCUACCGCGAGUUCGCGGGGAUUCGAUGUUCUGUUUUUUUUUUUUAUUUAUUUAUUUCGUUAUCUUUUUGUGUUUCGUUGUUUGUUUAUUGUUGCGCGUAUAUUUUUUUUGUAUCCGUUCGCUACACGCCAGAGUCGCACGUCUUCGCAGGCAAUGCACAAGAAAUUUGAUGUUGUUCUUGUUGUUUGUGAACGAGGCAAUUAGCUUGCGCUUUCAUUGAUGGAUUUCCAUUGUUUACAUGCAUACAUGCGUUCACCUGAUGAUUAUGAUCAUGCUUUCGAAUGCCUCUUUGAACUAUUACACGAUUUGUUGAGGUAAUUAUUCUUCAUGCGAUUGCUUUUUCUCAUCUGCUGGAUGGGAUACUUACAUUUGAAAAUGAAAAAUAGGUGACGUUUCGCAGUAGGCCGAGAAUGUUAAGAUGGUUAGGUCCAAAGAAGGCUCCGACCCAUCAACACCAAAGCACCGAUGGUAUCGCUACAGACGAUCCUUUAGCAGUCAUCGAUUUUACGGGAAAAUCUCGGAAAAUUUAUUCCGUCACCAGAUCAAAUCCACUUUACGAUGAUGACGGUAACAUUAUUUCUUCGAACCAUAGCAGUCCAAAUUCGGAAUUAGGAAAGGAGUAUGGAAGGAAUAAGUCGUCUUCUUCCGGUUACAGCGGAAGCCAUCAAGGAAGCAGCAGUAACCAAGAACUGUUCGAUUCAGAAAAUGUUAAAUUUCGCGAAGACACAAUUUCGAUAUUAGAACAAAACGAAGACUAUGUGAAGUCGAUUCAGAUCGGAUGUGGUAAUAAGAGACUUAUGCAAUCGCGUGCUUCAAGUCUAACAACUGGAACAGGGGCUAACCUGUCGGCGAUUCCUGAAGGAAAAAUCGACUGUUUGAUUCCGAGUCCGAUAUGGCCCGACGAGCACCUAUUGAAACUGACGCAAACUCGUGAAAACUUCAAAGACUCUCUAGUCGACGAAACGCUUCUUUUGUACACCAGCUUCAGUUACAUCCCUGACGACAACAAUGAAGAACAAAAAGACAUUUCGGUCAAAGAACUCCUCCUCGAACUCUCGGAGUAUGUGGACAAAAUGUGCGACGUCGAAAUCACGAAGAAACACGACCCAGAACAAGUGCUGCGAUCGAUCAAAGAAAAAAUAACCACUAGUCUAGAAGCUUUAAAAAAUUGCACGGAAGAAGAAGUGAGAAGGUUGUGCAUCAACUUGAGCAACAAAGCUAGAAGCAAUUCGGUCGUUAGAGCGCUCAGUAAUUCUUCGUCCAGUGGUAAUUCGAGUCAAAGUUCACCGGAAUGGAGCGGCGGUUGUGGUGGUGGUGGGGGUAGGGUGAGGACAUAUUCGUCGGAAAUCGAAGACAUUUACCAUUUACCGACUUCCGGGUCGUCUAGUAGUGGAUUCAGUGACGUAAACAAUAAACUAAACAAUAGUAGGUAUACGUUGUUCGACGAUUUCGUGUGUGAUCAGAACGAUUUGAGAAACACGCUCAUUUACGCGACUUUGUACCGAACGAAACUGAAGUUGUUGAGUGGUGCGAACGAACGAAUUUUCGAACGGAACAAGUGGAACCGUUCGUCGAACACAUCGAGCAAUCAGAGUCGCAACAAGAAUCUGCUCCGGGCCGCUCGCGACACGAAGCCGAGCGUGUGGGAACAGUAUUACGGUGUUAAAACGGUACCUGUUAAUGUUAGUACAACGUACGUGCCUAAACCUGCUGACGUGCCUUUAUUUCCUGGUGGUAGACCGGAAGCGGAUUUUACACUCGACUUGCCCCGUUCGGAGUUCCUGAACAAGAAAAUGAAAGAGGACAAGAAAUGGAGGUGUCGGUGUAGACUGCUAACGACCUUUUUGGGUUUUAUAUUUUUUAUCCUUUCCGUAAUGGCUGUUAGUCUUAUUUUAACAAAAGGGAAGCGCAUGUUUGGUUCAAUGGUUUGAAAAAACCGACACCAUAAUGGUUUUAGAAGAAAGUUCACUAUUCUCAAAGUCCAAUAAAUUUACAGACCCCCACAGGUAUUAUGCCAAAAUUUUUCCAUCAAAACAGAUAGCUCAUGGAUCUAGUUAAAAUCAUAGUUCCUUACUACUACUACUAGUAUCAUUAUUUUAUUUUUGGGAUUAUUUGUGCCAGAUAACAAUUAUGUUCAGAAUUUUGCAUUAACGAAUUAUAGUACCUACCAGUGGUUCAUUUGUACCUUUCGACAAUAAAAAGUACUAUUAAGUGCUUGUCUUGUACAAAAAAAAAA